AUGCGGAGCUGCCCCGAGUGGGAGCUCCACGCCUUCUCGCAUGCCGCCGCGCUCCUCGGCAAAACACUCGUCCCCCUCGGCCUCCUGCCACCGUCGCCGGACGGAGGCCGCGGCGCCGGCAUGAACAGAGACGACGCCACCGUGCGCUGGCUGGAUGCGCAGCCACCCAAGUCGGUCGUGUACGUCGCGCUGGGCAGCGAGGUGCCGCUGCGCGUGGAGCUGGUCCACGAUCGAGCUGGCUCAUGGGCUCGAGCUCGCCGGGACACGAUUCCUCUGGGCGCUGAGGAAGCCUAG